AUGCUUCUGCCGGCAGACGCGGCGCGAUGGACGGCGGCGGCGCAACGCCUGCUUCUGAGCGCCGCAGCAGAAGGCAACCUCGAGGCGAUUUACGUUGUGGGCAUGAUCUCCUUCUACUGCCUCAACAAUCACUGGGCGGGCGCAAAGCUCCUCGCGCAGGCGGCGGAAGCGGGGCACGGCGCGGCGAUGUACUCUCUCGCGAUAAUCAACUUCCACGGCAGCGGCGGCGCGGCGGACGACGCGAAUCCCGAGGUCGGCGUGGAGCUAAGCUGGCGCGCCGCGCGGCUCGGGUUCCUCCCCGCGUUACAGGAACUCGGGCAUUGCUUUUUAGACGGUUCCCGACUCCCCUGCACGCCCGCCCUCUCCACUGCUAGGCCUGACAUGGCUACGAGCUCCGCCUCUGUACCCGUCAUGAAUGAGGCGACGGUUCAACGCGGCCUCAUCCUUAGUGCAGGCGGGGUCGAGGUGGAGGUGUACGAGGACCAGCUGAAUGCGAUUAGAGAGGCGCCGAAAGGGGAGCUCGACGAGAGCAUGAUGGUCGCGGGCGUCGUGUACGUGUCAUGUCGAACAUUUUCGCUGUUUUCAAGAAAGAUCGACCAGCUGGCGGAGGGAGCAGGUGUGGGAGGGGGUGCCGACCACGAGGGAGGAGGCGAUAAGACGGGACGCGUCGUGAUUGAGUACAGCGUCGAGGAGGAGGAGGAGAUCGAGGAGGAUACAUCGAGGCAGGCUCAGCACGGGGCGAGCGGCCCGGGCGGCGAUGCGAACCAGGACGAGGACUCGAGCUCGGGAACGAGCUCCGACUCGAGCUCGAGCGAUGAGUCGGCCGAGGACGACGGUGAGGGCGCCGGACAUAGAACGGAGCGUACGGGGGAGCACGGAGUGGCGCUCGGGGAGCGGGUGGACGAGCAAGUAGAGCUUAUCGAGCAGCAGGCGACAGGGGAAACUAAGGCUGUCGAGGAGCAGGAGGGCGGAGCGGCUGCUCAGGAGGGUGGGGUCGGAGGGCAGCGGCAGGUGGUGGGCGAGGCGGGUGCGCAGGAGGGCGGGGCAGGAGGGCAGCAGCAGGAGGGCGUGGCGGCUGCGCAGGAGGGUGGGGCAGGAGUGCAACAGCAGGCGUUUAGGGUUGCGGCUGCGCGGGUGGGUGGGUCGGAAGGGCAGGAGCAGGAGGACUGGGAGGCUGCUGAGGAGCUUGCUGCGGAUUUUCGGACGGCGUGGAAUACGAUUUCGGAGUCGUCGAAGAGCACACUGUCGCAGUGCGCCGAGGCUGUGAAGGGUGUCACGGCGGAGAGGAACCUGUUGGAAGGGGCGCGGCCGAAGAUCGACGAGAUGAGCGAGAAGAUCAUCGAGGGGGUGGCAGCCGCCAUCACAAAAGCGAGCGAAGACGCCGUCGAGAAGCAGCUCAAGCAGGUUGAGGAGCGGCUGGUUGCUGCGGUGCUGAAGGGUUUCGAGAAAGCCAUCAUGGAGGACAUGUUAUGCUCCACCUUCCCACCCGAGACCAUGAAGGAGCUGAAGAACAUUGUGAGGGAAGGCUACCAUGAAGCCGAAGCAGGGAGGUUGGAAGUCCUCACCGAAGCGAUGGCGAGAGGUUAUCAACGCUCGGCGGGCCCGUCGACGAGGUCGCGUCAGGAGGGUGUGGGAGGGGUUCGCAGCGGGGCUGAGCCUCGUGGUCACGAGCAGUCGGUUCCUCCGUCUUCUUCGGUGGGAGGACAUGUCGGCAGCCCGGUUGGAUCCCCACCGGCGCGUGGCCGUCAUCCCGUCGCCAAGCCCGUCGAGGAAGUCAUCGUACUCGACCAGUCGCCCCGCCCGAAGACCUCCGUAGCGGCUCCGAUCGAUCCACCUGAUGCGUUUGCUUCGAUGCGGGACAUGCUGCAAGGCCUAGGGAAAACGGGUGGGAAAGGAGUGGUCGCGGGGGAGAAAAGUGGUGCCCCGAACGAGGACGUCGCCUCGACCGGGAACAGAGCUCUAGGAAUGCGAGGUGCCUCUACCCUGUCAGGCGGCGGUGCGGGGAAAGGAGCGGGAGAAGCAAGCGCUGGGUUGCUGUCGAAGACUAAAGCGGCAUCAGCUGCGCAAGGCGGUGGUGCUGGCCUUGCUGUCGGGCUUGUGGGAAAUUGGGCGUCUUCCUCGACCCCUCCAAUUGCUCCUGACGCCGCUGCUCCGUCCCUAGGCAACGUUUGUCUUAGCGAUCCGGGCUCCCCUUCAACGUCGAAGAAGAAGCCGGCUGCGACGAAGUCGUCGAAGCGCGUUGCACACGCGACAGAGAGCCUUGACGUGGUGGAGCUGGCCAGCGUCCCUGGUCAGGCGACUGUCGAGAAAACCUCUAUUGUCGUUGCUGCUCGACAGGAAAAGGCGAAGAAGGCCAGGGUCACGGGUCACACCCCACCUCCUCGACCGGACGACCAAGGCAAGACGAGAGGCUGCAAACGUCCGUUCAAAGGACCGGGUUUCGGGUUGCGGAAGGGGAAGCCGGUUUCCGAGCUGACCGUCGGCGGGAGGAAGCGGUUCCUUGGCACUUUUGAAACAGAGAAGGACCAGAAGUUCUAUACGGCCGUCUGCUGGCGUGUGUACUUCCCCGACGUUGUCCUUACGGAGUACGAAGGGUACACGGCGCAGGAUGAGGAGGACUGGAAGGUCUACCUCGAUGCGGCCGCAGAAAUGCCAACCGGCGUUUGGAGCGUGGCGCAAGAACAAGGGGAAUGUCGUUUUGACGAGUAA